AUGGGUGAUUUUGGAUCGAAUGGAUCGUCAAGCAUGAGGAUUGUGAUGUAUCCGUGGCUAGCCUUUGGUCACAUGACUCCUUUUCUUCACCUCUCCAACAAGCUCGCAGAGAAAGGCCACAAGAUCGUUUUCUUGCUUCCCAAGAAAGCCUUGAACCAGCUCGAACCUCUUAAUCUCCACCCAGAUCUCAUCUCUUUCUACACUAUCUCCAUCCCUCACGUCAAAGGUCUUCCUCCUGGCGCGGAAACCAACUCUGACGUCCCCUUUUUCUUGACCCAUUUGCUUGCAGUUGCAAUGAACGAAACCCGGCCAGAGGUGGAGACCAUUCUCGGUACAAUCAAACCAGACUUGGUUUUCUACGAUUCCGCCCAUUGGAUACCUGAAGUUGCUAAACCGGUUGGCGCUAAAACCGUUUGCUUCAACAUCGUGAGCGCUGCGUCGAUCGCGCUGUCUCUUGUCCCUGCUGCUGAGAGAGAGGUCAUUGAUGGGAAGGAAAUGUCAGGGGAGGAGUUAGCUAAACCUCCUCUAGGUUAUCCUUCUUCAAAAGUCGUCUUGCUUGCACACGAAGCAAAAACCCUAGGCUUCGUGUGGAGGAAGCACGACGGAAUUGGAUCUUUCUUCGAAGGGAAAGUUACCGCGAUGAGAAACUGCGACGCCAUCGCUAUUAGGACUUGCCGUGAGACGGAAGGCAAAUUCUGCGAUUACAUCAGUAGCCAAUACGGCAAACCUGUUUACUUAACCGGACCGGUACUCCCCGGAUCCGAACCGAACCAGCGGUCCUUAGAGCCUCGAUGGGCGGACUGGUUAGCCAAAUUCAACCCUGGUUCUGUUGUGUUCUGCGCUUUCGGUAGCCAACCCGUUGUAGACAAGAUUGAUCAGUUUCAAGAACUCUGUUUAGGGCUAGAAUCAACCGGUUUACCGUUUCUUGUAGCGAUUAAGCCUCCUUCUGGUGUAUCAACCGUCGAGGAAGCGUUACCGGAAGGUUUCAAAGAGAGGGUUCGAGGACGUGGCGUUGUGUACGGAGGUUGGAUUCAGCAGCCGUUGGUGUUGAACCAUCCAUCGGUGGGAUGUUUCGUUAGCCAUUGCGGGUUUGGUUCGAUGUGGGAGUCUUUGAUGAGUGAUUGUCAAGUCGUUUUGGUGCCGCAGCACGGUGAACAGAUACUGAACGCUAGGCUGAUGACGCAGGAGAUGGAGUUGGCGGUGGAGGUGGAGAGGAAAGAGAAUGGUUGGUUCUCGCGGCGGAGCUUGGAGGAUGCUGUGAAGAGUGUGAUGGUGGAAGGUAGUGUUGUCGGUGAGAAAGUGAGGAAGAAUCAUGAGAAGUGGAGAUGUGUUUUGAGUGACUCUGGUUUUGCGGAUGGUUAUAUCGAUAAGUUUGAACAAAACCUAAUAGAUCUUGUAAAGGCAUGA